UUACAUUUAUUAUUUUUAGUUACUUGUUUAAUUUAGCUGGUUCUCUUUCAUGUUCUGGUUGUCUAGGUCUCCUCUGUGUGUCCUCCCCUGUGUUCCCUUUGUGUAGUCAGUCAUGUUAGUUUCUCUCUCACUCUAUCUUUGUCUCACUCUCACACUCUGAAAGAUUUGGCUGGGUACUGUAAACUACAGUACGUGAAGUGCCAGACAUUGUCAUAGUCAUUCUCUAAUAUCAUUUGUGAGCUCUGAGUAAAGCUUUGAUGUCAUUGGCAACUGAUAGUACAAUUACAUCAAUGUACUUGCGCCCUCAUAUGCAUACUCAAGUAGUUACACUGUGAGACAAACCACCUCAUGCCUGUGAACUACCUGUGGAAACCAAAAAAAGAUUCUUUGGCAAUUUUGGCAUGGCAAAUAUACAGAGGCAAAAGGAAAAACUAAAUAACUAUUCAAGAAUUAAACAUCUUGUUUUAGUUAUGAGUGUAUAUUAUUUAGGAACAAGUGUAUCCAUGAGAGCAACAACUGAUGUUUCAGUCAGCUAGUUUCUCAAGAGGGAGAGGAACAGUUGGGUUUUCUGCAUUACAAAAUUGUCAGUUGUGAUGUGUUACAUAGUUAACUGUAUGUAUCAUCAGGAGGAUUGCAAAUCAAUUAAAAAUUAAGAAUUUGUCAUUACAAAACAGCUCGUUAAACUUUGUAAUUUGUAUUUGAGCCACUAAAUGAUUUUUCAGAAGAAGUGUUUGUGGAGUUUCCAGCUGUUCAGUUAGCCUGUUUAAUUACAGUGGACAUGGCAGGAUUUCCCCUCUCCAUCAUUAAAACUUUCAUUAUUAACAUACUAAAAGUUUCUUACAUCACAGGUUAGUCGAGGAGGUUACUAAGAGACAAUUUAUCUGUUACACUGAUAAAUGAGAGUGCUUGUCUGCUUACUAAGCUCUAAACAUUGGGGGGGUCAAGAUCUCUUUCUAAAUAAAUAAAUAAAUCAGGGUAAAUUCCCAGAUGAUUAAACAUGCAACUAUUUUGCAGGUAAUACCUGAAACGAGUGAAGAAAGUCAACAGCCUAUUUAUGCAAGAUAAGUCAUAAUUUUAUUGUGUGGGGUGUAUUUUGGUUGGGUCUGAUUGUAAAGGAUGAAUCUAAACAGGCAUGAGUGAAGCUUUGUGAUAAAACACUGUUUGAGAUGAAAGGCGAUAGAUUGCUUUGGAUUUUCAGAUUUCAAGGACUGCCUGCCUGCCUUGCUCUGACUGAACACCACUAAAUUGUAGUGCAUACAGUACAAUAAAGUUUUAAAUGUUUGGAUUGUUAAUCUAAAUAUUACAUUAUGUGUCUGUUUGUUUGACAGUAGACAAAAAGAAGAAAAAUCUUAAUUAAGCUUGCUCUGUUGCACAAUGUAAUGGGCAGUCAGCUGCUGUUAGUGAUACUGAAGAGUAAGAAGCAUAGUAGUAAAUACAUUAAGAGUGAUCUACACAAUGCUCCAAAGUCGCACGUCAGGAGUGUUUCACUUUUUCAGUUUUCAAGCGCUCCAGAGAGGUCACGAGCAUUCUCCCUUUUUAGAUGACAUAACUGAGUGGUUAUGCAUGUCUAACACAAAAAGUCAAAAUUGGACAAAAGGAUAAUCCAUCCAUCCAUUUAUGGACACGUCUGCUGAGAAGAUGAUGUCUUACGAUAUUAUAUGAUACGUGAUUACUCUUAAAUUGAUUUCAAGAAGUGAUUUUUUUAACUAUAUUUCCUACCUUCCCAAUUACAAAUAUUUACAAACUCAUUUGAAAAAAAAGUGUCAAUGCUUUGUGAAAUCUAAAUAAAACAGAAUGCAAAUCAGGCAACUCUUAUUUAAAUAGGAAAAUUGAUAGUCUGUCCCAGUAAUAAUGAUUAUGGGCAGAACUUUGUGCUGUCAGAAACUGAAUUUGUAUAAGUUAAAUUCAAAUUUGAAUUGUUCAGAUUGAAUCUGAAUUGUAACUUGAAUAAAUGCUUUUUAGAACUGAAUUUGAAUAAGCCUAAUUUGAAGUUCAAUGUAUUGGUUUGAAAAUUAUCGUCACUAAAUUGAAAUUGAAUUUUAUAUUUUGAAAAUGAAUUCAUUUGCUUUAAAACUUUAUUUUAUCCUUUAAAAAUGUAGCUCUUGAAUAAUUUCAGUUUCACUUCUCACCAUUCAGUUUCAGUUCCUAAGUUCAGUUUUUUGGGAUGUACAUCCAGUUCCGGUUCCAGAGUAAUCGAAUAGAACUACGUUUUAGCGAGGUGUACAGAAGGCAUUGAUUAGAUGCCUGAACCACCUCUGUUAUAAUUUGGCGUGGACAGAGACACCACACAUGAAGACACAGUGGUGGGAGUCACCGCACCGAGUGCUCCGAUUACACUAGACAUUCGGUUUUCUUGAUGCACAUACAUGCACACAGAUGUACAUAAAAAAAAAAAAUCAGGUCCAUGUGAAAGGGAAAUAUUUGUAUGUAUUUUUAAGCCCAGGACUGGUAAAUGUGUUGUUUGAGUGCUGCAGUUUGUUUUUGGUGCUCUAAAGUUCAGAGUUGUUCAGUAUUACUGCUCUGUUACUUUCAUGUAAGAAAAAACGAAAGAAAGAAAUCAAAAGGAGAAGUGUUUCAGAAGGAUAACCAAUGUGAAGUGUUUUUGUAAACCACAGGCUUUAGUUGAAUUUUCUGUUCUGAUAAAUGACAUGAUGCAGCAGCCUUUCUUCUCAGUCAUGGAGGGCAGAGAGAAGAGAGUGCUUCAUUUCUUGAUCCUCGGUAAAACAGAUUUUCCAUAAUGUUUAAUGCUUUUCUUUAUUGUAGAGACAGUAUGAAAAAGUAUUUCAGACACAGUUAUCAAUUUAAGUAUUCAUCACUUUACAACAACUUUUCUUACAGUAUUUUUAGCCUGAAUAACUGUUGUGAUCAUAUUCUAUGUUUUCAUUUUCCCAUAGUUGCUUAUCUCGUGGCCUCACCUUCACCUUCUGCAGGUCAGAUCAGAUUAGCUGGAUCUGGGUCCACUCGGUGCUCUGGAAGAGUUGAAAUCUAUAACUCUUUACGUCACUCCUGGGGAACAGUCUGUGAUGAUGGCUGGUGGGACUUAAAAGAUGCUGAGGUGGUCUGUAGAGAGUUGGGCUGUGGGAUAGCGCUGCAGACCCAGUGGUCUAAUCAUUUUGAUCAAGGUAGAGUAAAUGCCUUCCGCAGUAAUGUGGGCUGUUCAGGAAGUGAAACUUCUCUAGAUAAUUGUUUUUACGCCACCCCACUUAGUUACAAUUACUGUAACCAUGGUCAGGAUGCUGGCGUUGUCUGUUCAGAAACCCUCCCAGAGCCCACCAUCUCCUUGUACAGUAAUGAGGUCACCUGGGGUCAGGGCAUCAGCAUCACUUGCUCAGUCUCAGAUAAGUUCUCAGGUGGAACUUUUAUCCUCCAGAAGACUUCAGGCUCAUUCAGUCAGAGUCAAACAUCCUCUACGAGCUCUGUUACAUUCAACCUUCAUAAUGUGAACUUCGAUCAUGAUGGACUGUACCAGUGUCAGUACAUGAAAACAAGCCGAAGGUUCAACUCUUCCUCUGUUAGACUCUCUGUUACUGUGAGUUUUCCAAAACCCAGUAUCUCCAUUUGCCCUGUUGGUGAGGUGACCUGGGGUCAGACUGUUGAAAUCACAUGUUCAGUCUCAACUCAGGUUUUAGGUGGAUCGUUCACUCUGAGUCAAAUUCAGGGUUCAUUCACGAGGAGCCAAACCUCCAACACAAACUCUGCUACCUUCAAUAUUCCUAACGUGGACUUUGAUAACGAGGGAUUGUACCAGUGUCAGUAUAAGAAAAGAGGCUCACGUCGUGAAUUUAGCUCCCCAUUAAGUGAUUCGGUCAGACUCUCUGUUACUGUGAGACUGCAGACACCCAGCAUCUCCCUGACCUCUCCUAGUGCAGGUCUGGUCUGGGGUCCUGAAGGUGCAGAGAUCACCAGGGGUUACAGUUUUGUCCUCACCUGCUCCGUUAACUCCAGAUUUUCCAGUGGACGUUUCUUUCUCAUCUUCUCUGACUCCAACAUCACAGACAGCAAGCCAGCAGUCAACAACUCAGCCUCCUUUAGUUUCCCUGUAGCUGAGUAUGAACACCAAGGCAACUACAGCUGUGUGUAUGAAGUCACAGUGUCCACACAGACAUUCAAUUCUACUGCAACAGCACCCAUUACUGUCAUCAUUAAAUUUCCUUGGAUGCUGAUGGUCUCAACUGUAGUUCGUGUGGUCCUGUUGCUCCUGCUGGUCUUAUUGGUGGUCUUACUGGUGCUCAGGAGAAGGAGACAAACACAGCAGGCCCACAUCCACACCACAGUGACUCUAAAAACCUGUAAUGAAGAAGAUGACGUCAGUGAUAAGAAGAGAGGAUCUAUAUGAAUGUUGAGACAGUGAACAUGUAUUGUGAUGAAUUAUUAUUGCUGUUGCAUUUUAGCCAGUCAUAAAUACGGAGGAAAAAAACAAACAUUUGAACCUAUUACAGAUUACACAUUUGGAAUUUUUGUCUCAUAAUACUGCCUGAUAAACUUCAGUGAAUAUAGUCCAAUAUUAUGUAGCACAAUAUAGUACGUUUGGUAACUGAUUUUUUGUGUCUGUAAAAUGACAGUGAAAUGUGUUAUUUGUAAUUGUGUGAUACUUUAACCCAGGUGUGUCAAGUCCAUAAAGAGUCACAUGGGGAAAUAAAAAUCACAUCAAUGGCA